AUGAUACCACCGUUUAAGCAGAGACGGAUGGACCAAGACAUGUCUUUCAACGAGGAAGAUGCUAGGGGAGUGAAGCAGCCACAUAACGAUCUCCUAGUCAUAAUGCUCACGAUAGAAGGAUUUAAUAUCAAGAGGAUCCUCGUGGACAAUGGUAGCUCCGUAGACAUCAUCUACCUUCCCGCUUUCCAGCAGUUGAAGUUAGAUCCAAAAAAACUGCGUCCGUUUGACUCUCCCCUUGUCAGUUUCAGUGGAGAUAGAGUAUAUCCCAAGGACAUAAUGUUGGGAAUGCACCAAGGCCGUGUGCAAAAGCUUGCUCCGGAGCGAGGAAGUCCACACAUAUUAUAUAGCUGUGGUGAAGACAGUUUUGUUCAACAUUUUGGUUUGCGAAGUAGUUCUGCUACAAAACUUUUCUGUUGCUCCUCAUUGACAGAAAAUAGUAAGUGGCCUCCAAAGAACAUAAGGUUCAAUGCCAUUGUAAUUGACCCAAGAAAUCUGAAUUACAAUGCUGUCGGAGGAUCUGAUGAAUAUGCACGUGUUUAUGACUUGAGAAAAUGCCAAUUGAAUGCAUCGAGGUUGUCUUACUCUAAUACAAGUGAACUUCUUGUCUUGUACAACGAUGAACUCAUUUAUCUAUUUCAAAAGUACACGGGGUUGGGCCCCCCAUCAUCAUCUGCCCCAACUGAAGAUCUUUUGAAAAAUGAAGAGCCACACGUUUACUUGGGCCAUAGAAAUUCGAAGACAGUUAAAGUAGUGAGUUUCCUUGGCCCCAAUGAUGAAUAUGUCUUGAGUGGGUCUGCUUGUGGCCAUAUAUUUAUUUGGAAGAAGAAGGGAGCUAAAUUAGUGCGUUUAAUGAUUAUGGAGUCUAAUAGACAAGGCAGGGAAGACCAUGCAAGGGUACUCUUGCCCCUGAUGUUAUCAUGCAUAUCCUGUGCCUGCAGAGGUGACAAACAAUGGCAUACACUGAAAGGAGAUACAGCAGAGUUGAUAUUGAGAGUGAUGAAGAAGAUGGAGGAUAUGGAUUGUCAGAUGGUGAUACAUCUUUGUGGAGAAGGUUUUAUAGGAAAUUCCACUGAGUGCAACGUUGGCUAG